UUAAUUGGUCAUUAAUUUAAUGUAGACACAAGAAAAUAAAUCAUGAUGUCUGAAAUUACCUAUACGUGAUAUAAUAAUAGAAAUUAGAUGCAUAAAGCAACUGGCAAUCAAAUUGUACAUCAAGGACAACAAGGCAAGAAAAUGUUGGGUAGAAUUGUUGCCAGACGCUUUUCAUCUCUUGCCGAGCCACUGAAGAAAGUAGGCCCUGGGAACUAUGCCAUUCCCAACACUUCAGCAUACAAGAAAUUUAUGGAGAGACAAGCUUUGUUUCUACAAGAUGACGGCCAUCUGGUCUGGCAAAAAUUACCAAAAGACAAGCCCUUGUUUGGAACUGCAGCCGCCCUUGUUGGUGUAGCAACAGCCUGGACCGUCUAUUCUCUGUAUGUCUUUGCAUCACCUCCCAAGAAUAAUUAACCAUUUCCAAGCCUAGCUCGCAGGAUCCAUCACACACAGUCUAACGCAGUCUCCAUGGAUGAAUUUUUUUAUGCUAGAAAAGAUUGUCAGUUGUUUAGAGAAGUUUGGAUAAAAUCUUGCCUGUCUGAGUGGUUGUAGUUGGCCUAUGUUGUGCAUACAGAAUAUUACAUAAAUUGUGUUGUGUACAUUUUUGUAAUUGAAUAAAAAAAAAUAUAGACUUUA